UUAGAAAAUAUACUCUAAAAGAAAAAUAACUGUAGAGUCAUCCUUGUCUAACGACCACAUGCAACCAUUUUAGAGGCAUCCUUGUCCUAACAGUCUCUGCGGAUUACUAAUAUGAAUUGGGUGGAAUAUACAUGAAGCCCUAUUUGCUAAAAUCCCUCUCCUCUUCUUCUAGCUUUUCUCUUUCUCGCCUUCACCAAUUCUCUUUCCAUACCAGUACCAAGAGGGAUUUAACCAGUGUAACCCCUACUCAUUCCAGCUUUAUCAAAUCUGGUUUGUUAAAUGACACAUUUACCACCAACAAUCUCAUUAACUCCUAUCUCAAACUUCUCAGAAUCAACCAUGCACACAAACUGUUCGACGAAAUGCCUCACCGAAAUGUUGUAUCUUGGUCUUUGCUUAUGGCUGGUUAUGUCAGCCAGGGUCAACCCAAUGUGGCACUAUGCCUCUUCCAUAAAAUGCAAAUGCAAGGAACAUUGGUUAUGCCGAACGAGUUCACCUUUUCAACUCUCAUAAAUGCAUGUUCUAUCCUUGCAAACCUUGAGAUUGGCAGGAGAAUUCACGCUCUUGUUGAGGUUUCCGGUUACCGUUCUGAUCUCGUUGUGUGUUCUUCCCUUAUUGAUAUGUACGGGAAAUGCAAUUGUGUUGACGAGGCACGGAUGGUUUUUGACUUCAUGUCUGUAAGGAAUGUGGUUUCUUGGACUUCCAUGAUCACCACGUAUUCUCAGAAUGCACAAGGGCAUCUUGCUCUACAGUUGUUCAGGGAGUUCAAUCAUUUCAGACUGGAUAAACCGAAUCAUUUCAUGUUAUGCAGUGUGGUCAGCGCCUGCGCGAGCUUGGGGAGGCUAGGUUCGGGGAAGAUUACUCAUGGGGUUGUCAUUCGUCUUGGACACGAUGCGAAUGAUGUGGUUGCUAGUGCACUUGUGGACAUGUAUGCUAAAUGCGGCUGUGUUAGUUAUUCUGACAAAGUCUUUAGGAGAAUCCCAAAUCCUUCUGUGGUUCCCUAUACUUCAAUGAUUGUGGGUGCUGCAAAGUACGGACUUGGAGCAUUGUCUCUGAGACUAUUUCAGGAAAUGAUUGAUAGAAGAAUAAAACCAAAUGACAUCACUUUUGUUGGAGUCUUACAUGCUUGCAGCCACUCAGGACUUAUAGAUAAAGGACUUGAGCUUUGUAACUCCAUGAAUGAGAAACAUGGGGUGAUGCCAGAUGCAAGGCAUUAUACAUGUGCUGUAGAUAUGCUCGGUCGAGUGGGGCGUAUGGACGAAGCAUAUCAGUUAGCAAUAUCAGUUCAAGUUGGAAGUGAGGAUGAUGAUGCUUUGUUAUGGGGGACACUUCUUUCAGCUAGUAGGCUUCAUGGUAGAGUAGACAUCGCUCUUGAAGCAAGCAAUCGGGUAAUAAAAUCCAACCAACAAGUAGCAGCUGCAUAUGUUACAUUGUCCAACACUUAUGCAUUAGCAGGAGAUUGGGAAAAUGCUCAUAAUCUCCGAUCGGAAAUGAAGCGUACCGGAGUUUUCAAGGAACCUGGAAGCAGUUGGAUUGAGAUAAAGGAAUCGACUUAUUUGUUCCAUGCAGGAGACAUAUCUAAGUGUAAUCAAAAGAGGGAGAUACUAAACUUGCUAAGGGAAUUGGAAGGGAGAAUGAAAGAGAGGGGGCAUGUGGGAGUGACUACAGGGUUGGUGUUUGUUGAUAUUGAAGAGGAAGCCAGAGAGGAAAUUGUGAGUUUACACAGUGAGAAACUUGCAUUGGCUUUUGGACUAUUGAACACACCUAAAGGAAUCACUAUCAGAAUAAUGAAGAACUUGAGAAUGUGCAGGGAUUGUCAUGAGGCCUUUAAGCUUAUUAGUGAUAUUGUAGAGAGAGAAUUUAUUGUGAGAGAUGUCAACAGAUUUCAUCAUUUCAAAAAUGGAUUGUGCUCAUGCGGAGAUUUUUGGUAAAGAUCUGCUUCAGAUGUAAAUUUCAUUCAAGAGUAAUCUAAUCAAUAGAUUAGUUUAUUUGAAUAAAGAAAUGAACGUGAAGUUUGGAGCAGUAGUUGGUGAUUUAUAGAAGAAAAUAAAAAAUGAAGUCCCUUUCGUAUGAUUGUACACUCUAAUUGGGGAGAUAAUUAAACUAGGCUCAAACUACUAAUAGGAAUCAAAUAUACAUAUUUUUUAGCUUUUUUAAUAAAAUCUAUAAAACAAAAGUAAACAAAAUA